AUGAUGGCCCUCUUCGCCUCCGCCUCCUUGUCGACCGUGGCCCUCGCCCUCGUCGCCACCACCGUUGUCUACUAUGUCUUGAGUGCUGUCGCCGCCGCCCGAAGGCUGCGUGCCUUCCCCGGCCCCCGCGUCGCCUCCUUUUCGUACAUCUGGAUGGCCAGCACCGCCCUGAGCGGCCGCAUGUGGGAAAUCUACUACAAAAAGGCCACCCUCCGCUACGGCGACGUCGUCCGCAUCGGGCCCGGCGAGCUGCUGACGAGUGAUCCGGUCCUCAUCCGGCGCCUCUCGGCCACCCGCCAGCCCCAGUACCGCCGCUCCGACUGGUACAACCCGAACCGCCUCGACCCCUACGAGCACAGCAUGUUUUCCCUGCGCGACGACGUCGCCCACGACCGCCUCAAGGGACGGACGGCCGCCGCCUACGCCGGCCGCGAGAACCCGGCGCUCGAGGCCGAGGUCGACGCCGUCCUCCUGCAGUUUGUCGACGUCGUGCGCACGCGCUACGUCGCCACGCGCAAGCCCAUGGACCUGGCCGUGCUGGCCCAGUACUUUACGCUGGACAGCAUCACCAAGGUCGCCUUUGGGCAGGCCUUUGGGUUCUUGGAGCGCGAAGAGGACGUCCACGGCUACCUGCGGAGCAUCCUCGACAUUGCGCCCGUCAUGCAGACGAGCAGCGAGGUGCCCUUCCUCAACCGCAUCGUCACGUCCCCCUUUGUCCUCAAGCUGGCCGGGCCCAAAGUCACCGACAAAGACGGCAUCGGUCGCAUGAUGGGUGUCGCCCGCGACAUCGUCGCCGAGCGGUUCGUUCCAGACGCCAAGGACCGUCGUGAUAUGCUCGGCGCCUUUGUCCGCAACGGCCUCACCCAGCGCGAGUGCGAAACAGAAGCCCUCUUCCAGAUCAUUGCCGGCUCCGACACCACCGCCACCGCCAUCCGCAUGACGCUCCUGUACAUUAUGAUUACGCCGCGCGUGCACGCCCGCCUGCGCGCCGAGGUCGACGCGCACUUUGCCGACCUGCCGGACGACCAGAUCGUCCCCAAUGCCGUCGCCGAGGCCCUGCCGUACCUGCAGGCCGUCGUCCUCGAGGGCCUGCGGAUGCACCCGCCGUUUGUCGGCCUGCCCUUCAAGGAGGUGCCGCCGCAGGGCGACACGCUGCCCGACGGCCGGUUUGUGCCGGGCGGCACGCGGAUUGCGCCGAGCAUCUGGGCCCUGACGCGGCGCAAGGACGUCUUUGGCGAGGACGUGGACGUCUUUCGGCCCGAGCGAUGGCUGCCCGCGCCCGCGCCCGCGCGCGUGGCCGACGGCGAGCGCAGCGAGGGCAAAGACACCAACGACAACGCCCCGGAGAACAUUGCCAACAUGCGGCGCACGCUGGACCUCAUCUUUGGGUACGGGCGCUGGGCGUGUGCGGGCAAGUCGCUGGCCUUUUUGGAACUCAACAAGACGCUCGUCGAGAUGAUGCGGCGCUUCGAGCUGCAGCUGAUGUACCCGUUGCGCCCGCUGUCGAUGGUCAACCACAAUUUGUUUUUGCAGAAGGAAAUGUGGAUGCAGGCAACAGCGCGGUCGAAGUGA